GCCAAUAGGCGCGGGUGGCUGCGCGUUGAGAUCGCGUAAAUACAUUCAGUAAAUAUUUAUGCGAUCUAAUUCAAAAAACUUAUAUUAUAGCUCACCACUGAUAAACAACCAGCCCAACAGCUCACCAAGCGUAUCACGACCUGCCAGCAGCACAAUGGACAAUGAUGAAUACCGAAAUCGAGGUAAGGAGAUGGUGGACUACAUCGCUAUGUAUCUGCGUGAGCUACGUAAGCGGCCCGUGAACCCCUCCGUGCGGCCCGGCUACCUGCGUCCCCUGCUGCCCCCUGGCCCCCCGCAGCAAGGAGAGCCCUGGGAGAGAAUUUUUGAGGACGUGGAGCGGCUCAUCAUGCCUGGAGUCGUACACUGGCAGAGCCCGCACAUGCACGGGUACUACCCGGGGCUCAACUCGUACCCGUCACUCCUGGGUGACAUGCUGGCGACUGGGAUGAACGGCGUUGGGUUUACAUGGGCGUCGAACCCGGCUAGCACGGAGCUGGAGAUGGUGGUGACGGACUGGCUGGCGACCAUGCUGUCCCUGCCCGACACCUUCCGGCACGACCACCCAGGCGGACGCGGUGGCGGAGUCAUGCAGACCACGGUGAGCGAAUCCAACUUGCUGGCGUUGCUGGCGGCACGGACGCGCGCUCUCGCCCGCCUGCGCGGGGAUGCGCGCGUAGACGUGGGACAGGACGCGCUCCUCAACGCGCGCCUCGUAGCAUACACCUCCGACCAGGCUCACUCGUCGGUGCUGAAGGCGAGCCUCGUGUCUCUGGUGAGGCUGCGUUCGCUGCCCACGGACUUGGAGUUCUCGCUACGCGGGGAGACGCUCCGACGCGCCGUGGAGGAGGACCAAGCACAGGGCCUCGUCCCGUUCUUCGUGUGUGCGACCCUUGGAUCGACGGGCGUGUGCGCCUUUGACAACUUGUUCGAGUUGGGCCCUGUCUGCCGCCAGGAGGGGCUGUGGCUGCACGUGGACGCGGCGUAUGCGGGCACUGCCUUCCUGUGCCCCGAGCUGCGCGACCCCCUGCACGGGAUCGAAAUAGCCGACUCGUUCGUGGUCAACCUGGGCAAGUGGAUGAUGGUCAACCUGGACUGCGCCGUCUUCUGGGUGGCGGACAAGCGGAGUCUGCAAAGCACGUUCUGCGUGGAGCCACACUACUUACAGCAUGAGCACUCUGGUUCGGUCACCGACUUCAUGCACUGGCAGAUCCCGCUGACUGUGCGUUUCCGCUCGCUCAAGCUGUGGUUUGUUAUUCGCUCGUUCGGGCUGGACGGCCUGCAGGAGCACGUGCGCAGGGGCGUUGAGCUUGCCAGGUAUUUUGAAAGACUCGUCAUAGAUGACCCCCGGUUUGAGAUUCCAGUGAAGAGAAACCUUGGACUUGUCGUGUUUCGCCUCCAGGGCCCUAACGAGAUGACGGAGAAACUACUCAAGAAGCUCAACGCAUCGGGGCAGCUAUUUGUGGUGUCAGCCAUGGCUGGAGACAAGUUCGUCAUCCGCUUCACCAUCACGUCCCAGUUCACCACAGAGGCGGACCUGCUACAGGAUUGGAGCCUCGUGUCACAGGCCGUCUCGGGCCUCCUGCAUGGCUCGGUGGAGAAUGGUGAUGAAAGCGCUGAGGAGCUGAAUGGCUCACAGGGCUAUACCUAAUAAAUGAACUUGAACUUGAAACUUGAAAUCUACUCGGAUAGUGCUGCAACGUAGCGCAUAGUGAGGCCGAGACAAAGUACAUAUAUAAAUACAUCUUCAAGGAAUUUGAUUGUGCCAACAUUGCUCUUACUUCGAAUGGACAGCCGGAACUGCGCUACGAUGAAAUCACCAUUUUCAUCGAUUUCCGGUACGUGAGCGCUCCAGAUGCAAUAUGGCGGCUCCUCGACUCGAAGAUGAACGAUCGCUCGCACACGGUGAUGAGACUGCCAGUCCAUCUUCCCAACCAACAGACGAUAAUGUUUCAAGCUGGACACAAAGAGGAAGCUCUGCUAGCAGCACAGACCAG